AAAAAAGCCACAGUGCGCAGGCGUAGUUGCUCACUACCGCACCCUGUGACGUCUGCGCAGUAAGUCAGCCCCUGCACUGUGGCGGAGGUCCCGAGUAAAGGCGCCGCGCGCUGUGCUGUCGUUACAGCUCCGCGAGCCGCCGGGUCGUCCCAGCAAGGCGCGGGUCUGUCCCGGCUUGCCGGACCUGAGAUCCGGGAGCAGCCACCAUGUCGAUCUUCACCCCCACCAACCAGAUCCGCCUCACCAAUGUGGCCGUGGUACGGAUGAAGCGCGCCGGAAAGCGCUUCGAAAUCGCCUGCUACAAAAACAAGGUCGUCGGCUGGCGGAGUGGCGUGGAAAAAGACCUCGAUGAAGUUCUCCAGACCCACUCGGUGUUUGUAAAUGUUUCUAAAGGUCAGGUUGCAAAGAAGGAAGAUCUCAUCAGUGCGUUUGGAACAGAUGACCAAACUGAAAUCUGUAAGCAGAUUUUGACUAAAGGAGAGGUUCAGGUGUCAGAUAAAGAAAGGCACACACAGCUGGAGCAGAUGUUUAGGGACAUUGCAACCAUCGUGGCAGACAAAUGUGUGAACCCAGAGACAAAGAGACCAUACACUGUCAUCCUCAUCGAGAGAGCCAUGAAGGACAUCCACUACUCGGUCAAACCCAACAAGAGCACAAAACAGCAGGCUUUGGAAGUAAUAAAGCAGUUAAAGGAGAAAAUGAAGAUAGAACGUGCCCACAUGAGGCUUCGGUUCAUCCUUCCUGUGAACGAAGGGAAAAAGCUGAAAGAAAAGCUCAAGCCGCUGAUCAAGGUUAUAGAAAGUGAAGACUACAGUCAACAGUUGGAAAUGGUGUGCCUCAUCGACCCAGGCUGCUUCAGAGAAAUUGAUGAGCUAAUCAAAAAGGAAACAAAAGGCAAAGGUUCCCUGGAAGUUCUCAGUCUGAAAGACGUGGAAGAAGGAGAUGAGAAAUUCGAAUGACCUUCAUCAGCUCUGCACCACAAAACACUAAAGCAGACAGCUUCGCUGCUGACGGCACUCUCUGAUUUCUGUGAUUUGCCAAAACCUGCUCAAACUGUUCAACCUUUCUGUCUCUGGUCUAACAUCUACAUAAGUAUACUGUGGGAAUAAUUCAGUUUUGAUUGUAAGUCAAGGCUUUAGAUGAAAGUUUAAAAAAAAAAAAA